CACAGAAAGGCCGGGAAGCAAACCUGCGACCUCACUGUAAGGCGACGGUGCUAACCACUGUCGCCCCAAGACAAAAACCUUCUGGACUGUUUGAUAAGCCAGGAUUUCACACAUCUGACAUCACUUUACUCAGAUUAUUUAUUCCUUUUAUUCUGGAUUUAUAUACAUACUCUCAGACCAGCAUGCUACUUUUUAGCUCUGUCUUCAUAAUCCAAGCCAGUUCACAACAAUCAUUGGACUGAUGCAGGUUGCUGCUGCUGCACGGAUAAGCCACUGGCGUACGGGAAAAGGCGGGAAUGCCAUUAAAUCAGACCAAAGUGGGCCACACAAAAAGAGGCUGAUGAUGCUGAUGUGGAUUAUCCUCUCCAGCUCACUCUUCCUGGUGGUGGAUGGGCAGAUGAAGAUCUCACCAGAAACUGUGCAGCAAUGGGCUGAGAGCUUCGGAAAAGAGUUAGCUGCUUUGUCCUUCAGAUACUCUGGAGCUAAACUUUUACAGAAGAAAUACAAGGACGUCGAAGGCACAGUAAAGAUAGAGGAAGUGAAUGGUGAAGUCCUGGUUAAGAAGUUUGCAGCGGAAAUGGAAGAGAUGCUCCGGAGAAAAAUGGAGUCUGUAAAGAGGAUAGCAGAAGCAGCAGAAGAUGCAGAUCUCUCCCAUGAGUACAAUGAAACGCUAGAGUUUGAUUACUAUAACUCCCUGUUGAUCAACUCUGUGGAUGAAGAAGGGAAUCCAGUUCCCCUUGGUGGAGAAUUCCCCUUGGACAAAAAUGAACAUUACAACAAACUGCCAGUCAACAUACAACAAAGCAACAUACAAGUUCCCACAAAUGUUUAUAACCGAGAUCCAGAUAUUCUGAACGGGGUCUACAUGUCUGAGGCUCUGGAUGAUGUUUUUAUGGAGAACUCUCAAAAAGACCCAACUCUCACCUGGCAGUACUUCGGCAGCUCCACAGGCUUCUUCAGACUCUACCCAGGAAUUCAGUGGAUUCCAGAUGAAAAUGGUGUGGUCACUUUUGACUGCAGAAACAGAAACUGGUAUAUACAGGCAGCCACUUCUCCUAAAGAUGUGAUCAUCGUAGUAGAUGUCAGUGGCAGCAUGAAGGGCCUCAGACUGACGAUAGCCAAACACACCAUUAAUACCAUCCUAGACACAUUGGGAGAAAAUGACUUUGUCAACAUCAUCGCUUACAGUGAUUAUGUUCGUUACCUGGAGCCCUGUUUCCAAGGCAUUCUAGUCCAAGCUGAUCUGGAUAACAGAGAGCACUUUAAGCUUUUGGUGGAUGAAAUUCAUGUCAAAGGAGAGGGCAAAGUGAAAAAUGCAAUGAAAGAAUCUUUCAAGGUCCUUAACGAGGCUGCUACACUGGGACAGGGCAGUCUGUGUAACCAGGUCAUCAUGCUGGUUACUGACGGUGCCAUGGAGGACUUCAAGGAUGUUUUUGAAGAGUUUAACUGGCCAGAACGACGGGUUCGGGUGUUCACAUAUCUCAUCGGACGUGAGAUGACAUUUGCUGAAAAUGUCAAAUGGAUUGCGUGCAACAACAAGGGCUACUACACACAUGUAUCUACACUGGCAGAUGUUCAGGAAAAUGUUAUGGAGUACCUCCAUGUCCUAAGCCGACCGAUGGUGAUCAACCAUGACCAUGAUAUCAUCUGGACAGAGGCCUAUAUGGACAGUGUGCUGUUCAACACACAGGCACAGAGUUUGCUCCUGAUGACUUCAGUAGCCAUGCCAGUGUUCAGUAAAAAGGAAGAAACUUUAUCCCAUGGGAUCUUGCUCGGAGUGGUAGGAACAGACGUAGCCUUGAGAGAACUGAUGAGAUUAGCAACAAGAUACAAGCUUGGUAUCCAUGGUUACGCCUUUCUCAUCACCAAUAAUGGCUACAUCCUGUCUCAUCCAGAACUUCGACCUCUGUAUAAAGAAGGACAGAAGCUCAAACCCAAACCCAACUACAACAGUGUUGAUCUGGCAGAAGUGGAAUGGGAAGACACUGAGGAAAAACUGAGGACUGCUAUGGUCAAAGGACAAACUGGAACAAUGUUCUUAGACGUCAGAUCUUCAGUGGAUAAAGGAAGAAGAGUGAUCUUUUUGAGAAAUGAUUACUUUUACACUGUUAUCAACGAGACACCGUUCAGUUUAGGAAUCGUGUUAAGCAGGGGAUAUGGACAGUAUAUCUUCACAGGAAAUGUCUCAGUUGAGGAAGGUCUUCACGACUUAUUGACUCCAGAUCUGAACAUAGCCAAUGAGUGGACCUACUGUGAAACCGAUCUCAACCCAGCUCAUCAUAAACUCUCCCAGCUGCAGGCGAUUGUGAAAUACCUCACAGGCAAAGAAGCAAAUCUGAAAUGUGAUGAGUUGCUGCUGCAACAAGCUCUCUUUGAUGCUGUGGUUACUGCGCCAAUGGAAGCUUACUGGACCGCCCUGAUGCUCAACACAUCUGGUAUGCAUGAUGGUAUUGAGACCGCUUUUUUGGGGACCCGUUCAGGCUUGAUGAGAGCCGUGAAGUACGCUGGUAUUGAGAAAAGAGUUGGAAAGUCUUUCCUGACCUCCACAGACAAGGAGAAUAUGUUCACACUGGAUCAUUUCCCAGUGUGGUACCGCAGAGCAGCUGAGUUCCCAGCUGGACAGUUUUUGUACUACAUGCCCAGACAGGACACGAGAGAUGUAUUCAGAGACUAUGAAGCUGACUAUAGUGGCACCAUGAGUGCCGAAGAGGUGGAGGAGGAUGAGGAAGAGGAGGGUAGAAAUCAUUCUAAAAUGUCUGUUGCUCCAUCAGCAGGAAGGAUCCUGAUUGCCUCCACUGCUGUCACUGUGACGGUGGGCAAAAAAAAUGCCAUCGCUGGAGCUGUUGGGGUUCAGAUGACUCUGGAGGUGAUUGAGUCCAAAUUUUGGGCCAUCGCAGCUCAGCCAAACGACACAGAUUGCUCCACUGUGGAAGGGAUAUGUCCUCUUCGCUGUGACAAAUUUGACAUUGACUGCUACGUGAUUGACAAUAAUGGUUUUGUCCUAAUUUCUAAAGAGCAGAGUGAUGCAGGGAGGUUCUUCGGCGAGGCUGACAACUCGGUGAUGUCCACGUUGAUCAGAAUGGGCAUGUUCAAGAGAGUUUCCUUGUUUGACUAUCAGGCCAUGUGUAAGAUGAGCUCACACUCUGUCAGCAGCGCUCGACCAAUUCUCAGCCCUUUCUACAGUUUGGUUUCCACCUUCAAGUGGGUCCUCUCCAACGUCCUGCUGUUUCUAUUAGAGUUCAAUAUGUGUAGCUUGUGGCACACUGAACACUUUGCUGACGCCAAGCCAUCCUUCAGUGGCUCUUACGUACCAAAGAAAAGAGGGAACGCCUUGCAGCCGUGUGACACCGAGUACCCCAGCUUUGUUUACGAGCCGUCAGUGAAAGAGACCAACAGCAUUAUUAAGUGUGGACGAUGCCAGAAGAUGUUUGUAGUGCAACAAAUACCAGAAAGCAACCUGCUGAUGCUGGUGGUGCAAGGAGACUGCGACUGCUCCAAACAAUUCCCCCCCAUCAACUUGGAGCCCAUGGAAGUCAAGUAUAACGCCUCGGUGAAGUGUGACCGGAUGAGGUUUCAGAAGAUUCGUAGACGCCCUGAGUCCUGCCAUUCUUAUCACUCACAGGAGAAUGCUGAUGACUGUGGAGGAGCAUCUUUUAUACAUCUCUCAGCCUCUCUUCUACUCGUCUGUGUCUCAUUUGCUGCGCUGGCUUCCUGA